UUUCCGGACAAACAUCGAAUUAACCAACCAACAGGAUUGCUACCUAUAUAAACGCCUCGAUCGAAAUCCAUCUCGUCUGAGUCUGAGAUACUAGCAGCAUCCAUGGUUAUACAUCUCCGGCCAGAGCAGAGCAGCCAUCCAUCGCCGGCGUCGAGCUAGCCAAGCCAUCCAUGGUGAACAGUGCAGUGAUGAGCUACGUACCUACUACUGAGUGAGUGAUCACUCGGUUGAGUGAAGUUAAUCACUCUACACAUAAAAUUAAUCAAGAACCGUAUCCGGACGGCGGUCAAGGGGAGACCGGCGAUGGAGUCGAGGUACGUGAAGGUGGAUUCCCGCUUCUUCCUCGUCGACGACGGCGGCAACAGCAGCAGCAACGGCAACGGCGACGCCGACGGCGAGUGCUACCACUACCUCGACGCCUGCUUCCUCUGCAAGCGCGACAUCACCUUCAACCGCCACAUCUUCAUGUACAAGGGGAACGCCGCGUUCUGCAGCGACGACUGCAGGCAGGACCAGAUGGACAUGGACUCCGCGCUGGCCGCCGUCGCGCGCCGCCACCGCACGCUGCAGCGCAACAGGCCCUCCUCCUCCUCCUCCUCGCUGGCGCCGGCGCCCUGCGCCGCCAACGAGGCCGGCCUCUUCGCGGUCAUCCCCCGCCGCCCCACCGUCGCAGCUGACCUCGCCACCCACGCUGCAGCUCCCGCCGUGUCUGGCUAGCUACCCGUUUGUACAGUCACAGCACUGUCCGGUCGACGCGCGCUCGUAGCUAGCGGUUUGUGAUCUCUGCGAAUGUUUUUUUGCCAUCCUUGCAAGAUGGUUCAUGGUUGUGUUUGCUCGGCUCAGCUAUUGCUAGCUUCAUGCCAAACAAGACGAGACGACCACGCGAAAACUAGUAUAGUGGUCUCCUCGCCAUGGAGAUGAGAUAUAUGAUCAAGAAGAGGGAGGGACUGAAAUAGAUCGAGAGAUGUAUAAUUAGGGUGAGAUGGAAUCAUGGAUGCUGUACUAAGUUGAAGGAGAUCAUAUAUGUAGAAAUUAACUAGCUGUAAUGGUGUGGUUUGAGUUCUUGAUUAAACUCUCCCACAACGAUCGAACUUUCUUUAUCCUUUUGCUUGAGAGCGACGAACUUCGCUUCGA